AUGGAACGCAUCAAGUGCGGCCCCAUUGUCGAAAUGCAGGGUGACGACAUGUCGCGCGUCAUCUGGGACCUGGUGCGCGACAAGCUCAUUACGCCCUUUUUGGACAUUGACCUCAAGGUGUUCGACCUGUCCAUCGCCAACCGCAACGAGACGGACAACAUGGUGACGCUCCAGGCGCGAGACGCACUGAGGCGCUACAACUGCGGCGUCAAGUGCGCCACCAUCACGGCCGAGCGAGACGUGCUCGAGAUGUACCACCUGAAGCGCAUGUGGAAGUCGCCCAACUCGGUCAUCCGCAACUCCCUGGGCGGAGCCCUCUUUCGAGAGCCCAUCAUCUGCAAGAACGUGCCGCCGCUCAUCAAGCAGUGGCGCAAGCCGAUCGUCAUCGCGCGCCACGCGUUCGGUGACAUGUACAUUGGGAAAGAUUUCGUGGCUCCGGGUCCCGGGUCCUUGGAAGUCUGCUACACGCCCAACAUCGGCUCGCCGUACAACCUGCACGUGUACGACUUCGUGGACACCCAGGGCGUUGUGGCGGCUAUGUGCAACACGGAUAAGUCCAUCACGGAGUUCGCCUACAGCUGCUUCCAGUUCGCACUCAGGCGUAACCUGCCGCUCUACCUGAGUACCAAGGAGACCAUCCUGAAGAAGUACGACGGCCGCUUCAAAGACAUCUUCGAGCGCCUCUACCAGAAGAAGUACAAGCCCCGGUUCAAGGAGACCGGCAUCUUCUUUCAGCAUCGCCUCACGGACGACAUGGUCGCAAGGUCCUUGCGCAUGGAAGGCGGCUUCGUGUGGGCGUGUAAGAACUACGACGGCGACAUCCAGUCGGACUUCGUCGCCCAGGGCUUCGGCUCACUGGGCCUCAUGACCAGCGUGCUCAUCUGCCCCGACGGCAAGACUCUGAUCGCCGACGUGGCGCACGGCACCGUGACCAAGCACUUCCGGCGCUACAAGGCGGGCCUCGAGACGUCGACGAACUCGAUGGCCACCAUCUACACGUGGACCAAGGGCAUCCGGCACCGCGGCAAGCUCGACAACAACCCCAAGCUGGAGGCCUUCGCCAGGGCCCUGGAGGCGGCCACGUUGGGGCUCGUCGAGUCCGGCUACAUGACCAAGGACCUGGCCCUGUGCGUCAAGGGCUUCGGCAAGGUGCAGCGCCAGGACUACCUGAACACCUUCGAGUUCAUCGACAAGGUGGCCGAUGAGAUGACCGCCAAGUACAAGCAGCUCUUUGAAGAAGAGUCAGUGUGA